UCCCCACCAUGGAUUUCCAGCACCGCCCUGGAGGGAAGACGGGCAGCGGAGGCGUUGCCUCGGCCUCGGAGAGCAACCGGGACCGGCGGGAGCGGCUGCGGCAGCUGGCCCUGGAGACCAUCGACAUCAACAAGGACCCCUAUUUUAUGAAAAAUCACCUGGGCUCCUACGAGUGCAAGCUCUGCCUGACACUGCACAACAACGAGGGGAGUUACUUAGCACAUACCCAGGGGAAGAAGCAUCAGACCAACUUGGCCCGGAGAGCUGCCAAGGAAGCCAAGGAAGCCCCUGCCCAACCUGCCCCAGAGAAGGUCAAAGUGGAAGUGAAGAAGUUUGUGAAAAUUGGGCGCCCAGGUUACAAAGUGACCAAACAGAGGGACCCUGAAACAGGCCAGCAGAGCCUUCUCUUCCAGAUCGAUUAUCCCGAGAUUGCAGAGAGCAUCAUGCCCCGGCACCGCUUCAUGUCGGCCUACGAGCAGCGCAUCGAGCCCCCCGACCGGCGCUGGCAGUACCUGCUCAUGGCAGCCGAGCCCUACGAGACCAUCGCCUUCAAGGUGCCAAGCAGGGAAAUCGACAAAGCAGAAGGAAAGUUUUGGACCCACUGGAACAGGGAAACCAAACAGGUAACUGGGACUGUCUGUGGGAAGGAUUGGGGAGGGCACAGCAGCAGGGACAGUGACAUCAGUGCUGUCCCUGCUGCUCUGAUGUGAAGAUCUUCAUUCCCUCAAUGCAAGUGUGCACUGAGAGCUCCUGGCAGAGAGGUCUGACCGUGUGUGAUCCGUGUGAGGAUUUGCCCAGGGAGGUUGUUGGCAGCAGCAGCAGCAGCAGG